GUUGUUCCUUGACUUCAGCGCAAGAGAGCUGACAGAUCUCACACGAAACGAACAUUGGCGGUACCUCGUUUCGAGUGUGCUGACCGUGUCGUUCGUUUGUUUAGCUUAUUAGACAGAAAAAAAAGAUUUAUCAAGUGUAUGAAAAAAAAAGUUCUAACAAAAAAAAGUUCUUGGAUUUAAUUAUUGUGAUUGUGUUGUUUAUUGUUGCAUUUCUGCAUUCCACAUCACCAUGGAUAUUUGGAAGGAGUUGUACAAUGACAAUGGAUAAUACUAGAUUUAAAAACCAUUUUACGGAUUACGUAUAAUUGAGUUUGAAUUAUGGCGUCAAACAUACGAGUUGCUGUUAGAAUUCGCCCUCUAAGUCAAAAAGAAAGAGAUGCCGGCGCCAGGAACAUCGUGACCUCUUCAGGCAAUACCGUCUGCAUCACCAACGUCCAUGUCGAAGGUCAGCCGGAAUUCGGAGAUCACAGGGAGAGAAUCAAGCAGUUCACUUUUGACUUCUGCUAUGAUGGCGCCUCGGAAGUCUCCAAGACGUCUGCUGUACCUUGUCAGGAACAGAUCUAUCAAGACAUGGGUACAGAGAUACUGCAAGAUGCCAUCGAGGGCUACAACGCCUGCAUGUUCGCCUACGGCCAGACAGGUACAGGCAAGACCUACACUAUGAUGGGACAUCCAGGGGAGCUUGGAAUCACUCCUAGAAUUUGUGAGGCUCUGUUUGAUCACAUUGAGGAGAACUCCAGAGGGAACCAGAGAGUGUCAGUAGAGAUCAGUUUCUUGGAAAUCUACAAGGAAAGAGUUCGAGACCUGCUCCAAAGAAGAAGCAGGAAAGAGCCGUACACACUGAAAGUUCGAGAACACCCGAAACAUGGUCCUUAUGUCAAGGAUUUGUCCCGCCAUAUUGUGAAAGACGCCAAUGAGAUCCAAGCGCUGAUAGAUGCAGGCAAUGAACAAAGAAUGACUGCCUCCACACACAUACACAGACACAGCAGCAGAAGCCAUGCCAUAGUGACCAUUAUCUUGACCCAGUCCAAGAGUGAGGACAAUCUACCCUGUGAGUUGGUCAGUAAAGUACAUCUUGUGGAUUUGGCGGGCAGUGAGAGAGCUGAUCCCAGUUACCAUUCAGAAUACAAAGGCAGGAUCAAGGAAGGCGCUUUCAUAAACAAGUCCCUUGUCACUUUAGGAAAUGUCAUCAGUGUUUUGGCUCAAAGCUCUUUGAUCAAUUUUAGCAUUGAGACUAUCAACCCCAGCCCUGGUACUCGUGGAUCUAUUGACUCGACCGGCAGCCCCACCAGACUCAGGAAUUUCUAUAUACCUUACAGAGAUUCUGUUCUGACCUGGCUUCUUAAAGAUAGUCUUGGUGGAAACUCUAAAACUCUAAUGAUAGCCACCAUCAGUCCAGCCAGUAUUUACUACAGUGAUACCAUUAGCACAUUGAGAUAUGCACAGAGAGCUAAAACGAUCGUCAACAAGCCAAAGAUCAAUGAGGAUGAAAAUAUUCGUCUCAUCAGAGAACUAAGGGCUGAAAUCGAGAGACUUAAGAAACAAUUACAGAAUGCCCAACUUUCACCAGCAGGCAUGACCUCAGACUUAAAUGUUCUGUAUGCUAGCUAUGAGGAAGCUGAUCCUAGCAGGUGGACACAAGAAAAGUUGGAGGAAUAUCAGAACAAGGCUGCGCUGUUGCUCAGAGCAUAUGAUCAUGAGUCUGGAUUUGGUUCCCCUCCAGUUAGUACUAAUACAUCUAGUUCCAGUUUUAUCUAUAAAUCUCCAUGUUUGGUUUUCUUUAAUGCCGAGCCUGGACUACCAUCAUCCUUUGAACUAAAGCAUGGUAAAACAUUUUUUGGACAAGGUGACAGCCACUCUGAAGAUUUCAAAGAACUGCAAGGAGAGGAUGUCUUACAGAAUCAUUGUCAUAUUGAUAAUGUUCAGGGAGAGAUCAUUCUCCACCCAGAGCCUGGAGCAUUGUGCCGCAUCAAUGAUCAAGUCAUCACACAGCCAAGAAAACUAAACCAAGGUGAUCAGAUACAGCUAGGAGAAAUGAACAAGUUUCAAUUCAGGGAUAAACAACUCUAUUUUAAACCAAGAGCAAGUCGUUCUGGAUCUUUCUUGAGUGUUCAAAGCAGUAAUGAAACAAUGAGCAACAGUAGCUCUUAUUCUGACAUUCCAUCUGCUGUAGAUCACUGCCCUUUCUGGUUUAACCCAAACAUGGAUUCUGCACAUAUAUGCCUGGCUGUAGAAAGAAACCAUGACAAUGAAACGGAAAGAAUUGAAGCUGCCUCACAUGAGCUUCAGAAGUUGAAGAGAGAACUGGAUGCCCAAAAAGAAGCCCUGGAUGAAAGGGAAGAGAAGAUGUUGUCCCAAAACCAAAAAGCUCAGGAAGAGCUCCAGAAAGAGAAGCAACUCCUGGACUCCCAAGAAGAGGCUGCAAGAAGAGAAAGAGAAAAGCAAGAACAGACGAUUGAAGAGCAGAGGAGAAAGCUGAAUGAAGACAAAGAGAAAUUUGAAAGAAAACUUCAGCAGGAGCUGCAGAAGAUAAAGUCUCUUUCUGGUAAUAGUGAUACUUUAAUGGAGGGUCUCGGCACCCAGACUGAUGAGCUGACCGGGUCCAUGCUUGGUCAACAUGAUAGACUUACUCCUUUAUCUGGACAAACUGGCCAGGAAAUUAGGCGGAGGAAAAUUUCAAGAGAGGGAAGAUAUAAAGACAUAGUCCAGAAGGAACUUCUCAACAAACUCCACUACACAGGGAACACUCGAGCCCUGUCCGAGCAGGUCAAGCAGGUAGACGAGAAGUACAAGCAAGAACACAAAAAGGUUGAGGCAAAGAAGAGAGAAAUUAAAAUGAAAGAAGCCAGGAUGAGGGAGCUCAAUGCCCGAGAACUGGAAUAUAUUCACCAAGGGACUGCUGUUAUAGACCAAAUGGCAGCACAGAAGGAACAGCUGGAGCUCUACUUGGAGGAGAAGCAAGACUUACAGCAAGUAGAGUUAGACUCCCCAAGGCCAAUCAGGUCAGCAUGGAGUGUAACAAACAUCGCUGACAGCACAAAAGAUGAUGACCAGGGUUUCCCCAGCAGGGCGGUCAGCCUGUUUCAUGUUGGGGAUGAGCAGCAGGGUUUUGGUCAGCAAGGCAUGCCGUUAAAGGCCAACAGUGUCAGCAGUGAUGACAGUGAGGAGGAGGACAAUGAAGAAGAGAUGGACAUACUGGACAGCAGUGAAUGUGACAGCUGUGCUAGUGAUGAUUAUGAACUCAAUGCUAAGUACACAUUUAACACUCAGGAUGAUUCGAUAGCCAAACAGGAAGACAAUCAAAGUAGUGACAGGGACUCUGAAAACUUGAGUGCAUCUCCAUCAGAUCCAUCGGCACCAUUUCAUACACAUCCCCCACGAAUGACUUCUCCCAGUAGACCCUCCAGAGGCAGAAGUAGAGUUCGCAGGGAUAGGUCUACCCCUAUUACCAAGCCAAAAUCUACAUCCCCGAACCUCACAAACACAGCUGCAGCAGUUACUGCUCGGCUGUACCAACCAAAGUCACCUCGACCUGACCUAGAAGGCAACUACCUCAGAGGCAGCAAAGACAGAAUGAGCUCACCAUCAGUCAGUCCAGUUGAGCUAUCCAGAUCUGAAAGAAAAUCCAUUUUACAGUUUCUGUCUCAAGACAAGCCUAAGCAUCCGUUUUUAAAAAAAGGCAGCAAGAAAACAAUGACCUCACCCAUUCAUGACCCUCUCACAGUGCAAGGAAAGAGAUCUCGAGACUCAAGUCAAGAGUCAGUAUCAUCUUUUGAUUUUCUCAGAAAAGGCAGCAGGAAACUCUUCAAGCCUGAAGUGGAGGAUAAAACAGAGGAGCCUGAAGAAGCUGAGAUGAUCCCUCACGACUUCUUAAGGAGAAAAAGGGAAGAAGAUGUUACUUCAAUCAGAUCACAAAAACAUAAGGAGGAGGAGGACAUGGCUAAACAUGAUUACCUCAGAAGAGGAUCAAAGCAGCUGAAAGGAGAUCCUCAUGAAAGGACUCAUAGAAUCAGAGAUGUGGAAAGCAAGGCUCGUGUGAAAGGUCAAAGGCUAGAAGUGCAAAGCUUACCUCACCAGAGAGCUUACAAGUCAGAUGAAAGCUUAACACAUACUAGGAGUGACAAAAAAAGCAAAGCUCAUGAUCCUCAUGAGAGACUGAGACGAGAAAGACAUGUACCAACGCAUGAGAGGUAUGGAAAGUCCCCUAGCAAGGUCCAUGCAGGUGAGGAUUGGUCUCUUGAACAGUCCAUUCCUUCUCACAGUAAAAAAGGGGAUGUCAGAAAGAAGUUGCUAUGUCUUGACGCUGAUGUGGCUGAGCUGGAAACAAACUCCAGAAACCUCUCAGAUAACCUGACCUUAAAGCGAUCACACAGACCAUCUGGCUCUCAAGAACUGACUUCCAGCAAUGAUGACAUUCCAAAACAAAAGUAUUUAAAGAAAGGCUCUGGCAACAUGAGCAACAUGGAUCAAAGGAACCAAAACAGGCCACAGUUUUUUAAACAUGUUCCUCCAAGUAAAGUAAAAAAAGAUCCUAAAUCUGAUUCUAGUGAUAAAUCUCGCGUUAUAAGCAGAAGUCAAAGUUAUCCAAGCGUCAAGCAUGAUGACUUUGAUGUCACUCCGAAAGUCAAGAGACAAACUGCAAGCUCACUUGGAGGAUCUGAUAGCAACCUGCACAUUAUUGUAGGAAGUCCAAGCAGGACCAGGUCCAAAAGUAGGCUGGUCUUGAGCGCUACAUGUUUGGCCAGUGUUCCAGAGCAAACAUCUGAGGAAGACGAGCUGACUCCAUCAAUGAGUUCUGCUGUCCCAGACAGCUCCAACAUGUCAGCUCUUGUGGCUGGAGUCAGGAGAAGAAGUCGGCAGAAUACCAAUGAUGAAUGGAGGAGGCAUUCAGAGCCAGAAGGUGACAAGCUGGCCACUGAAUUUGCCAGAUAUACUGCAGACAUAGAAGGCAGUUUGAACAGGGACAGACCAGAAUCUUUGAGCGAUGAGUUUCAUGUCAGAAGUGCAGAAGAACUUAGCUCUGAAAAUGACCCUUCCAUUUUUCAACAUUCCAGUCUUUCAAAUUCCAGAGCUAUCAGAGAAAAUACUUAUGUGCCUGAAAUUCAAGUGUCUUGGUUUGACAAUGAUGGGGAAAAUCAGCAAUACCAAUAUUUGCAACAAAGUUUAUUUCCCUUGAGAGACAAUCCAAGUUUACACCAGCCAGUGUUAGAAUCAGGAGAAACUUUGUCCCAGCAUUCUCAAGUUGUUCCUUCUCAUCAUUUGUUAAACAUCAAUGUUCAUGGACAUUUCUUUCAAGAGUUGGACUCUUCCUUCAGCCCAAUGUCUAGUGAUUCCCUUGAAAUGAGUCGAGACAAAGUAAACCCAACAGCUGUUGCUAGUGGAGAACGAAUGUACAGAUAUACAGAGGAUGAAGCUGAAAGCUCCAAUGAUAGUUCAUUUUCAGACUCUUUGGAAGAAAGCAACUCUUGUGAUGGACAAAAGGAACACCUCUCUUUAGAGGGAACAGACGUUGAGGAUGAUGAAAAUUUAGAUGAAAAAGUUUGUAAUGUAAUCCAAAACUCUGGAACCAUCUUUCAGCAGGAAGCUAGUAUUUCAGAAGCAGACCUUUCAUUUAGAGAUGGCAGUAGCCUAAGUGUGGAUUUGUUAGGAAAGAGAGACUCUGAAAAGAUUCAAACUGGAUUCAAAGAUGAUGUAAUGUUAGAAAAAUUAGUCUUACCUGGUGAAGAUUUGAAGGCAAAAAGUCCUGCUGAAGGUCACUUAGGUGAAAUAAAUGUUUCAGAAAGGGAUGAUGCUGUUGUAACAUUGACACCACAAUUUGAAGGUCUUACAUCAGAAGUAGUCAAAAGACAGGAAGAAAGUCCUUCUAGAAGAGAUGCUAUGGGGCUACUGUUAACAUCACUAACUAAAGAUUUAAUAUCUGUAGAGACAAACAGAAGUUACAUCAAUCAAAAUCAUGAAAUAAAUGUAAAGGAUUCUAAUGAUAUAGCUCCAUUUACACAAACUGAAGAUUUAAUAUCAGGGAUGCCAAGUAGACUUGGAGAGAGUCACUUUGGUGAUAGAAAUAUUUCACAGAGAGAUCUUCCUGGUCUAACAUCAUCACAAACUAAAGAUCUAAUAUCAGGAAUGUCAAACAGAACUGGAGAGAGUCACUUUGGUGAUAGAAAUAUUUCAGAGAGAGAUAUUCCUGGUCUAACAUCAUCAGAAACUGAAAAUCUAAUAUCAGGAAUGCCAAACAGAACUGGAGAGAGUCACUUUGGUGAUAGAAAUAUUUCAGAGAGAGAUAUUCAAGGUCUAACAUCAUCACAAACUAAAGAUCUAAUAUCAGGAAUGCCAAACAGAACUGGAGAGAGUCACUUUGGUGAUAGAAAUAUUUCAGAGAGAGAUAUUCAAGGUCUAACUUCAUCUCAAACUAAAGAUCUAAUAUCAGGAAUGCCAAACAGAACUGGAGAGAGUCACUUUGGUGAUAGAAAUAUUUCAGAGAGAGAUAUUCAAGGUCUAACUUCAUCACAAACUGAAAAUCUAAUAUCAGGAAUGCCAAACAGAAUUGGAGAGAGUCACUUUGGUGAUAGAAAUAUUUCAGAGAGAGAUAUUCAAGGUCUUACAUCAUCACAAACUAAAGAUCUAAUAUCAGGAAUGCCAAACAGAACUGGAGAGAGUCACUUUGGUGAUAGAAAUAUUUCAGAGAGAGAUAUUCCUGGUCUAACAUCAUCACAAACUAAAGAUCUAAUAUCAGGAAUGCCAAACAGAACUGGAGAGAGUCACUUUGGUGAUAGAAAUAUUUCAGAGAGAGAUAUUCCUGGUCUAACAUUAUCACAAACUGAAAAUCUAAUAUCAGGAAUGCCAAACAGAACUGGAGAGAGUCACUUUGGUGAUAGAAAUAUUUCAGAGAGAGAUAUUCCUGGUCUAACAUUAUCACAAACUGAAAAUCUAAUAUCAGGAAUGCCAAACAGAAUUGGAGAGAGUCACUUUGGUGAUAAAAAUAUUUCAGAGAGAGAUAUUCCUGGUCUAACAUCAUCAGAAACUGAAAAUCUAAUAUCAGGAAUGCCAAACAGAUCUGGAGAGAGUCACUUUGGUGAUAGAAAUAUUUCAGAGAGAGAUAUUCCUGGUCUAACAUCAUCAGAAACUGAAAAUCUUAUAUCAGGAAUGCCAAACAGAUCUGGAGAGAGUCACUUUGGUGAUAGAAAUAUUUCAGAGAGAGAUAUUCCUGGUCUAACAUUAUCAAAAACUGAAAAUCUAAUAUCAGGAAUGCCAAACAGAAUUGGAGAGAGUCACUUUGGUGAUAAAAAUAUUUCAGAGAGAGAUAUUCCUGGUCUAACAUCAUCAGAAACUGAAAAUCUAAUAUCAGGAAUGCCAAACAGAUCUGGAGAGAGUCAUUUUGGUGAUAGAAAUAUUUCAGAGAGAGAUAUUCCUGGUCUAACAUCAUCAGAAACUGAAAAUCUUAUAUCAGGAAUGCCAAACAGAUCUGGAGAGAGUCACUUUGGUGAUAGAAAUAUUUCAGAGAGAGAUAUUCCUGGUCUAACAUCAUCAGAAACUGAAAAUCUAAUAUCAGGAAUGCCAAACAGAUCUGGAGAGAGUCACUUUGGUGAUAGAAAUAUUUCAGAGAGAGAGAUUCAAGGUCUAACAUCAUCACAAACUAAAGAUCUAAUAUCAGAAGUGCCAAAUAGACCUGGACAGAGUCAUUUUGGUGAAAAAAAUAUUUCGGACAGGGAUGCUCAUGGUCUAACACCAACUGCUAGAUGUGACAUUGUCACAUUUGGUGAUCACAGACAGUUAAAUGUCACUUUCAAUGUACCUGGUUUUGGCGAGAGCAGUAUAAAUGACAAAACUGUUUUAGGAGACAGCCAAAAUAUGUCUCAGUAUUAUGACCCGACCACUAGAGACAGUUCAAUGGAUGAAAUACUCAAAGAAGAACAAAUAAGAAACAGUCUUUCAAUUCAUACACGUUCUACUGCUGUUACACAACAAGGAAACGAACCUAACGAUAUCUUUCAACCUGUAUGUCACUCUGAAACCUCUCUUGGACUGGAAUAUACAGAUGUACUCAAGCCCUGUGGAGUCUCUAGCCUGCUUGGCCCUGGUGAAGAAUGUUUUGAUAACAUAGCGUCUCUCCAGCACUCUGUAACAACCACACUACAGGGAGAAGAGCUUCCAGAUCAAGUGCUGGACACCCACAAAGAAACACUCCAUCAUGGGCUCUGCAAGACACAUGAGACAUUCAUUUUACAAGAGUCUAAGAAACAUCCUUCUGGAGAAACUCAAGAACCCCAGUUUGUGAACUCCUCUGUAUCAUUGAGUCAAAUUAUUAGGACAGACAACACAGUUAGUGGCGUCAGUGACAGGGAAGAGCACUCAGGGAAGAGAACUCAUUCCACUACUGCACAAAGUGAUUGGCCUUUAAUAGCUAACCAUGAAAGUCUGUUCCCAGAAGAUGAGCUUUUAAACCUAAGAGGACAUUCAAUUCACCAGAACGAACUAAACCUUCUUACUGAAGAGAAGUCUGAUUGGAAUAACACUAGUGGAUUAGACAAAAAGAUCUUAGGUCAAGGUACUCUACUAGUGGGGCAACAUGACCCUGACACACAUGUUCCAAGUCUGGAAGGUUCUGAUGUUAUCAUCAUGAGGCCUGAUAGUAGUGCACAUUCUCAAAGAGGUUCUCAAGACAUUAAGUCUUUAGCUUUUGAACAGCAACAGGAAAACAUCCAAACUGAACAUGAGCUUGGUCUUAGUAAGACUUCACAAGAUGAUUCUCAAGCCACAGUGGGCAGACACGGCUCAAUGCAGGCAGGUUCAGAUGUUACAGAGUCUGGAAAUCAACCUAUGGAGUGGGAACCCCUGAUGCAUGGUGACAAUUUUCUUCAACAACCAUUCAAUAAAAACUUUAAUGUACUUUUUUCUGCAAAUUACCAUGCAUCUAAAGAUGUAUUAAGUCAUGAAGAACCCACACUUCAUAAGACCGAAACUGGUGAAGGAACAACAUUAACCCAUGAAAGACUUUUUUCCUCAAUGACAAAGAGUGAACAAGAUGUCAAUGAAAGACAUAAGCUGUCAGUGACAGAAAAUGAACAAGAUGUCAAUGAACAACAUAAGCUGUCAAUGGCAGAAAGUGAACAAGAUGUCAAUGAACAACAUAAGCUGUCAGUGACAGAAAGUGAACAAGAUGUCAAUGAACAACAUAAGCUGUCAGUGACAGAAAGUGAACAAGAUGUCAAUGAACAACAUAAGCUGUCAGUGACAGAAAGUGAACAAGAUGUCAAUGAACAACAUAAGCUGUCAGUGACAGAAAAUGAACAAGAUGUCAAUGAACAACAUAAGCUGUCAGAUUUCAUAGAAAGAAAUAAGUUGUCAGUGACAGAAAGUGAACAAAAUGUCAACACAGAAAAAGUCAUGCCUAUGGAUGUUGUGACUUUGGGUCAAUGUGAUCCAGACAGAUGUAAGUGGACUGGUGAAGAAGACAGAUUUCAGUCCUCCACUCCUGGCAGUGAGAGUUAUGAUCUCCAAGACUCUAAUAUUCUCAAAGACCAGUUCAGUCCAUCACAUUUUAGUCUAUCCAAAACUGACACCAAUGACAAUAUCUCUGAGAGUGCAACUAGAAUAGCAGGCUCCAACCUUUGCUCCAACCUAACUAGUCUACAUUGUGAUGAUGUCUUGCAGACAAGUAACAGACUGACUGAGACUGACUCUAAUGACUCACUGCAGACAAAAGUUUCAUUGCUACCAUUGCAAAGAUGUGACAGUGUAACACAGAGCCAGAGUGAAGAGUUAAGUACAUCACUUCUAACUCCUGGUAUUACACAGAAGGUUGACUUAGUCAGCUAUUUGAAAGUGGGAGGUAAUAUCCCAGCCCCUGACCUUUCAGUCAAAAAUACUUCAAAUACUGACUUACUAAUGAGCUCAGUUGCUUCAUUGAAGAGUGAUGAGUUUUGUGGUAAUGAUAAGAACAAUGCACUUCUUAAGACAACAUCAGAUAGAACAUCAGCUGCACCAGAUGUAACACCAUUAACACAAUAUGUAACACCUUCAACACUAGAUGGAACAUCAGCAACACCAAAUGGAACAUCAGCAACACCAUUAAAAACAUCAGCAAUACCAGAUGAAACAUCAACAAUGCCAGAUGAAACAUCAGCAACACCAAAUAGAACAUCAGCAACACCAGAUGAAACAUCAGCAACAUCAUUUAAAACAUCAGCAGUACCAUUUAAAACAUCAGCAAUACCAGAUGAAACAUCAACAAUGCCAGAUGGAACAUCAACAACACCAGAUGGAACAUCAGCAACAUCAUUUAAAACAUCAUUAGUACCAUUUAAAACAUCAACAAUACCAGAUGAAACAUCAACAAUGCCAGAUGAAACAUCAGCAACACUAGAUGUGACAUCAGCAACACUAGAUGUGACAUCAGCAAUACCAUUAAAAACAUCAGCAACACCAGAUGGAUCAUCAGCAACACCAGAUAGAACAUCAGCAACACUAGAUGGAACAUCAGCAAUGCCAUCCCUAAUACCAUUUAAAAUAUCAGCAACACUAGAUGGAACAUCAGCUGUACCAUUUAAAACAUCAGCAGCAAUAGAUGGAACAUCAGCAACACUAGAUGGAACAUCAGCAAUGCCAUCCCUAAUACCAUUUAAAAUAUCAGCAACACUAGAUGGAACAUCAGCAACACUAGAUGGAACAUCAGCAACACUAGAUGGAACAGCAGCAACACUAGAUGGAACAGCAGCAAUGCCAUCCCUAAUACCAUUUAAAAUAUCAGCAACACUAGAUGGAACAUCAGCUGUACCAUUUAAAACAUCAGCAGCAAUAGAUGGAACAUCAGCAACACUAGAUGGAAAAUCAUCAACACCAGAUAGAACAUCAGCAACACUAGAUGGAACAUCAGCAACACCAGAUAGAACAUCAGCAACACUAGAUGGAACAUCAGCAAUGCCAUCCCUAAUACCAUUUAAAAUAUCAGCGACACUAGAUGGAACAUCAGCAACACUAGAUGGAAUAUCAGCAACACUAGAUGGAACAUCAGCAACACUAGAUGGAACAGCAGCAAUGCCAUCCCUAAUACCAUUUAAAAUAUCAGCAACUCUAGAUGGAACAUCAGCUGAACCAUUUAAAACAUCAGCAGCAAUAGAUGGAACAUCAGCAACACUAGAUGGAAAAUCAUCAACACCAGAUAGAACAUCAGCAACACUAGAUGGAACAUCAGCAACACCAGAUGGAACAUCAGCAACACUAGAUGGAACAUCAGCAAUGCCAUCCCUAAUACCAUUUAAAACAUCAGCAGCAAUAGAUGGAACAUCAGCAACAGCAGAUGGAACAUCUUCAAUACCAAAUGAAACAUCACCAAUACCACAUAGAACAUCAGCAACACUAGUUGUAAAGUCAGCAAUACCAUCAGCAGCAAUAGAUGGAACCUCAGCAACACCAGAUAGAACAUCAGCAACUCCAGAUGUAACAUCAGCAACACAAGAUGUAACAUCAGCAACACCAGAUGUAGCAUCAGCAAUACCAGAUGUAACAUCAGCAACACCAGAUGUAACAUCAGCAACACCAGAUGUAACAUCAGCAACACCAGAUGUAACAUCUACACCAGAUGUAACAUCAGCAACACCAGAUAGAACUUCAGCAACACCAGAUGUAACAUCAGCAACACCAGAUGUAAAAUCAGCAAUACCAUACAAAACAUCAGCUCCCCAGGAGAUACCUGACAGAACUAUAAUUAAUACUUAUGAUUCCAAUGUUUUCCCUCAUGCCAUAAAUCUUGAAGAAGAAACAUUCUCUGGCUCAGAUAAAGAUGAUCCCAACUCAAUCCUGUCUCUCAACUACUUGGCUAGAUCUUUAGACAACUGGGAUGGGAAGUCUGUACAAAACUAUGACACAUCCUCAGACAUUAUCAGCAAUAGGACUGGAGAAAAUGGACUUCAUUUGACUCCGCACAGCGUCACUCUUCCAAGUGGACAAAUUUGGUCAGAAAAACUCUCCACAUAUUUGACAGCUGAUGCGAAUCAUGGCUCUGACUAUAAUUCUCUGGCUUAUGAUAAACAUGUCUCAGUAUCUACUGAAGAUUCUCUUGGAAAUGAUUCUACUGAUGAGUCACAAAUUAAAAGUGAUCAACAUUUAGCAUAUUUAGAAGAAGUACUUGACAAUGAAAUGUCUCAAGUCAGUUAUAAAACUAACCUAGACUCACAAGAAGAUGAAACAUAUAGAGAAGCACACCAGAGAAAAUUGACUCAAGCAAAAAGUGAAUCAAACUCAGCUUCCCAGAGACUUGAGGCAAAGUCUCCUAAAAGAGUGGACAUUGCAGGAGCUUCCCAGAGACUUGAGGCAAAGUCUCCUAAAAGAGUGGACAUUGCAGGAGCUUCCCAGAGAUUUGAGACAAAGUCUCCUAAAAGAGUGGACAUUGCUGGAGCUUCCCAGAGAUUUGAGACAAAGUCUCCUAAAAGAGUGGACAUUACAGGAGCCCAACAGAGGCAAGAUACAAACAACACAACUCAGUCAGAAAGUAUUGAUGGUCAAGAUAAGCCUUCAUCAAUGAAUGUUCUUCAUGGACUUGUUCAAACAGAUAAACAGCUACCUCAGCUGAGCGUUACACUUUCUACCCCAUUGAAUUCAGAUUUAACAGAGAGAGAACAAGAGAAACAAGUGAGAACCACUGUAACAGUUGAGAAAGACAAUGUCACAUUUCUUAAUUCAGUACAACUUGGUGAAGUAAAAGAGCUUGAUGCAAUACAAGAACUUGAUUCAGUACAUGAACUUGAUGCAAUGCAAGAUGCAAUGCAAGAUGCUAUGCAAGAUGCAAUGCAAGAUGCAAUAAAUGAUGCAAUGCACGAUGCAAUGCAAGAUGCAGUUCAAGAACUUGAUGCUAUACAACAACUUGAUGCUAUACAAGAACUUGAUGCUAUACAAGAACUUGAUGCUAUACAAGAACUUGAUGCUAUACAAGAACUUGAUGCAGACAUGGGAAGUAGUUACGAAAGCAUGGUUGAACUUUACCAUCCUGACAUUAAAAAGUUAAAGAAAAGUCAAAGAUCACAUUCAGUUGAAUCUAGUUUCUCAAACAUGCAGCAGCUCGACCCUAACAGUCAGGGCAAUGACUCUAAACAAAAUGUUUAUUCUCAAAGUGAAUCUAAUGACGACACUAAGGCAAAAGAGCAGCAGCUUGUUUACGACAAUGACCUAAACCAACAAGAAACUGACAUAGAUAAUGAGAUACAAACAGACCUACAGGCACCCAGUGAACUAACACAAAUAGAGAUGAACCAAAAUGACAACAGUCAAAAAGGUUUUGCUGGCAGAAAAGACCGCUUCACUGCCUCCAGCAACAGAAAAUUUGUCAUUGCUCGGCCCAAGACCUGGAAGUCAAUGUAUCAGGCUGACCAUGGUCCUGGUGUACACCCUGAGGCUGGACAAUUGAUGGGUCAAAUCGAUUUGGAUCAAGAUAGAAGCCCUGAAAAAGAAAAUUCCACUGGUCAGAAUGAGUUAGCUCUUGAGAGUAGAUCUAGAAACAAACGUUUAAGGGUUCCAAAUGAUAUUGUUCAUGAAACUGCCUCUGAAGAUGAACUGUCAAUGGAUCACAGUGAACAUCUUAAAGAACGAGAAUCUCAAAGAGAUCACUCAAUGAGUGAAGAAGACCUGGAUUCAGAGACUGACUCUGAAAUGGAAGAUUCAUUGCAUCAAAGCAAACCUAUCUCUGGCAUACAGGUCGCUGCCAAACAUGUCUCUGCCAAACAGGUCUCUGCCAAACAGGUCUCUGCCAAACAGGUCUCUGUCAAACAUGUUGCUGCUACAGAUUCUGAAAAUGAGUCUUCUGAUCUGCAGGUGUCUGAAGAUUCACUUGACAAUCCUGACAUGAUAGAUAACUCGAAAAAUAUUCCUUUCCCGACAUUUGAUUCCCUAUAUUUCCCUGAGCUGAUGAAUACCAAGGGAUCGCUAAAGAAAGGACAGAUGAAUCAGCAACAGGCACAAGGACAACUUAGUGAGCAAGAUGUACACCAUCAAAUACAUUACAAACAACAAAGUUAUGAUGCCCAACAACAAAGUUAUGAUGCCCAACAACAAAGUUAUGAUGCCCAACAACAAAGUUAUGAUGCCCAACAACAAAUGUUGCCGCACCAUAGGAGGCAACCAAGAGCUGUAGAUCAAGGAGAAGGGUUGUCUAACUUUGAAUGGAAAGAGUUGACUAUCUUUGAACCAGAAGAGUUGUCUAAUGUUGAACCAGAAGAGUUGUCUAACUGUGAACGGAAAGAUUUGUCUAACUUUAAACCAGAAAAGUUGUCUAAUGCUGAACGAGAAGAGUUGUCUAACUUUGAACCAGAAGAGUUGUCUAAUGCUGAACGAGAAGAGUUGUCUAACUCUGAACAGAAAGAUUUGUCUAACUUUGAACCAGAAGAGUUGCCUACCUUUGAAAACUUGAAAAUUGGCGCUAAACUUGCUCAAGCUGAUAAUAACACCCUUAGACAUGGUAGUCAAGGUGAAGGUCAGCCAAUUAGGCUUCAGAGUGGACACAAGACAAAGCCAGGCAAGGUCAAAAGAAAGAGAGUGAAAAAGAAAAAGGAAACUCAGGAGAGCUCUACAAAGGCUGCAGGCAAUGUCUCGGAUGACUCCUCUGAAACAGAAAAUAUUAACCUCAGUAACUCCCGUCCGAAUUCUGGAUCUCGACGUAGACGCAAAGCUCAUCCUCCACUCCAAAGUGACGCUCUUCAGAAACACGUUUCGUCUCUCACUGACCAACAAAUUAUUGAUGACUCCUUCCUGGAGAGCAGCAUCCAGUCUGAAGACUCUGAGAGAGGAGUGCCUGGUGUUACCCAGCAACCAGGACAAAGGUCAGAGGUCAGAGGUCCAAGUGUGAACAAGUGCAAAGGUCUCAGGGAGUAUGAGGACAUUUACCAGGAAAGACAGAUCCACUUGAGACAAAAACAAAUUGACAAUAAUUUCAGGCUUCCUUCUGGUACUCCUAUCACUUCAGACUCACACUCUGACACUGCAGAUCCAACAUCAUCUGAAGAAUACAGAAUGUCAGUCAAGUCUGACCUCACAAAGACGUCAUCUCCUACAAUGACGAUGGCAUCAGCAGGAUCUUCCCAAGAAAGACAAUCCAACACAAAGAUGAUUGUUGUGAGCAGCAGCAGUUGUGAAUCUGAUGAGGCCAAAGACUUUAUUGACGGCUUGGAUGAGAUACAACAGCUAGAGUCUCCUGCAGAUUUGCUUAGUGCUAACGCAGAAAAUAAACAAACUCCAUCCUUGGCUCUCGAACCUGGAAAGAAAAUCAAAAGGAGGAAGCCUAAAAGAACAGCGUCUGCCCUAGAGCGUCAGAAAAAGCUCACAGCACUGCACAGCAAGUAUGGACUCAUUGAGGAUGAAGAGAAGAGGACAACAUUGAAAAAGAAAGAAGAUUUUACAGAUUCAGGCUUGACAAGACCCACAUUGGAAACCAUGACAUCUGCAGCUCUUGGUCUUGCUGGUGUUAUUAGUGAAGACAGAGUGGAGGGUACAGAUGAUCAGUUAGCAGUAGGUCAUGAUGAUAUUCAGAGUCAAUCAUUAUUUACAUCCAUUGAGCCUAGUGUGUCAAGUAAUCAAGAAAAUGUGGAUACAGCUUUAAAAACUGGUACAAAUGUGGGUCUAGACAUUGAUAGGCAAGGCUCAGAGUUAAGAGAUCUUGAAUUUUCUAGAACCAAUGCUGAUAAUGUGACUAAAUUUCAAGUUGAUUCUGACCUAUAUAUGGUUCCAAAGUUGAAUGAAAAUAAAAUUUCUGAUUCGGGCAGCACUACACAUUGUGAAACACUGAGCAGCCUUGUGGUGUCUCCAUGUGAAGCAACAAUUGAGACUCAGUUCUCACUCUCCUUUGGUGGUAAGGAUGACACCUUAUCAACAUCUAGCUUGGGAAACAGCAUCCCAUCUACAGGUCAUUUCCAAGACCAUUUAGGAGAAAGUGCCAAUAUCUCCAUAUUUGAUACUUCCACAACUCUGACCAGUUCCUCUGGACUGUACUCUUUGACCUCAACUGACCAUGAGACUUACACUACCAAAGAAUCUAGUGAUGACACAAUGCUGAGUUCUAGUCAGGUGUCAGAACCAUCAGACAUGAAAACAAAUGAUGAUUUCUCGAAACAAUUUAACACACAAAAUGUUUUAGUAAAUUCUAAUGAGAAAACUUUUUUGCUGCCUAUUCAUUCUGAUCACUUGCCAUCUCAUAGAGGACCAAAAGCAAAACAAGGCUGGACUAUUUCUGAAUUGAAAGAUUCAGAGACUGUACAUGAUGAAAGACAUAAAGACAAAGAAAUGAAUCAGAAAAUAUUUCACACAACUAAGAGAUACUCAAGAAGUCUUAGUGACUCAGCCAUUAGCUCAGAUUGUACUGAGCCUGACUCGCCGAGAGCUACCCCUAUGCUUGGAUCACCACGAGACUACAAAUACUAUGAAGCCACUGUUGCAAAUGUCAGAGUCCUCCCAGACAACUACUAUGAGCGCAAACCUGGUAGGAUGAAAGAUCCAUUGGACUCGGAGAUACGAUUCGAUCCCAGCUCUAAGUCAUCUCUUCAACACAAAGCCUCUUUCCCACUUCCACUUCCAAAACCUCAGGGCAGAUUCCCAGAGCGGGACAUUAAUGCUAUCCUUGCCUUAAAACAAUGGUCACUUCUUUUGAACUUAUCAGAGCUACUGCCGCAAUCAAGCAGGCUGUUGGGUAGAAGAUGGAGAUCUUUAAAUGAUCUCUCUGAUUGCAUGCUUGCCUUAUUAGACCAUAAGAUUUCUGAGAUCUCUGCAACCAAUCCUCAAAAUGACUUACACAGUACUGGUACAAGAAAAAAUGAUUUUAGUGAUGAUAGAAGAAAAAUGAUGAACAAUGAUAAUCUCCAGGAAACAAUCUAUUCUGAUGGUUCAGUGCAUUUACAGCCUUCUGAAUCUAAGAUAGACUCAGUGGACUUCAGUGUAGUCAUGACAUCCAAAUCUGAAGAUUCAAGUCUAGAACCACAAUUAUAUUUUGAUAGGAUGAGAACUUGGCGGGAAAAAUCUCCCUCAGAAUCUGAUGUCACCUUGGGCCAAACAUCCCCAAGGGAGAUCUCAGACAGAUGCAUGUCUGCUGAUCAAGUCCUACAGUGGACAGGUGACAUGAGCAGAUCGGCUGCAUCUGAUGAUGUUAUAUGGUACAUCUUUGGAAACAAAUCUCUGGAGAAUCAAGUGUCCACUGAUGAUGUCUCCUUAUCAGUCAGCAGGAAGGUCUCCCAGCAAGAAGAUGGUUCUGCACAAGUGAGAAGCAGAUCUGCAGACAGUCUGUGUUCUGGAAGUAAUGCUACUAGCAGCAUUGCUUGCAAAGGCUCUCUCCAGACACAAUUUCGCCUUAAUGAGCGUUCUUCUUCUUUAGACGACAUUUAUUUGAUAAAUCACAUGACUCCCAACAAGGUGGCCUUACAUAGGUCCAGGUCAGCAGACAUUUUAGAUGCUGGUAAGAUGGACAUUGAUGAGUCUGAUGACCAAAUUUUCCCACCAACAUAUAUUGAGCAACAAGACACUGACCAAGAAAUUGCACAAAUUGUUGAUGGCAAAGUCAACAAUACAAGGGAGAGCACUGAUACUCACAGCACAACACAUUCGGAGUUGUCAACCCUUGAUUACUCUAUUUCAUUAGAUUGUGAAACUAAUGUCUAUGAUUUUAGAGACUCCUCAGAUGAAAGUGACUCUUCGGAAUAUUCCAUUGGAGAAGUGAAAUCUGGGAUUCCAUAUUUCAAAAAAGUUUACCCGGAUUAUAAACCAGAACAAUCUGAAAGUGGAUGUCAAACUGACAAUCAAAAUGUGUUAUCUUCUAAAUAUUCACUCAUCAACAUGGACAGUGUCCUGGUAGAAAAUAUGUCUUCUGUGCAAACCAAGCCAUCAGAAGUCAGAAAUGAAUUCAGGCUUACACAGGAUCCAGUAACUAGAGUAGUAGUAUCUCUUGGUUCCCAUGGAUUGAAUGAGACUCAAAAUGAGUCUGUUGAACCAUAUUAUCAUAAGUUAGAAAAAUAUCAAGAAUCUGUUCAGUACAGCGGAGAUGCUGUGAUUUCCAGGCAAAGAAACCAAGCAGUCACUUCUGUAGACAUGUCCUGUCAAGCAGUCAGUUCUGAAGACAUGUCCUGUCAAGCAGUCACUUUUGUAGACAUGUCCUGUCAAGCAGUCAGUUCUGUAGACAUGUCUUGUCAAGCAGUCAGUUCUGUAGACAUGUCCUGUCAAGUAGUCAGUUCUGAAGACAUGUCCUGUCAAGCAGAUCUGACAUCUCAGAGAAAGUCUCAACAGUUAAUACUCAGUCCUAGACAUGUGAUUUUUUCUGACAGCUUUAUGGAUGAAGAAAGUAUGACAGACAAUCCUGACUUGUCAGAUAUAUCCACUCAGACCUCACCAAGAAGCAGGCCAGAAAAGAUUUACAUUCGAGAUACAAAGACCCAGACAGGUUCAUCAUUAGAAAACAGUCUUGACUCAGCCCAUGAAGAAGGCAGCCUAACAGACCUUGAGCACUUUGGUGCUGGUGUUUUGUUGUCAUCCUCAAUGACACUUCCUCAUGACAAUGUCACCGAUUCAUCUAAUGACAGCACAACAUUGUCUUCUGAUGGCAGUGUAGCCCUGUCAUCAUCUGCGACACAAAUAGAUCUUGGUCUGCAGACAUUAAAAAGCAGGGCUGUUCAGACUGGUAAAGAACUGUUUAAGAAUUAUAAAUUGGAGCUUCAGCAUAAGCGUUCAAAACAAGGAGAUGAAAGCAAUGCCAAACAGUGUAAGAUAAAUGAGUCUGACCAAGGAUUUCAUCUUGAUGUUGAUGUGGUGUGUGAUGACGUCUCUGACCCUGUUUUCCCUGUUCAUGAUGACCCCUUUCAUUUGCAUGUCUCAGGUCAUAACUUCAGAACUAGUUCUCCGUUUGAUACCAGGUCUGAAGAAGCAGGAAAUAAAGACAAUUUCAUGAAUCAGUUAGUGCAGACAGACCUCUCAUUGCUGCCAUUUUGGACUAGGUCAACCUUGAAUGAAUUUACAUCAACAGAUGAUCUGUGCAACGUGGACUUCUCAGACAUUCUGGGCAUUAUAUGGCCUUCAGAAAUGUAUUCAAUGUGGGGGCAGGGUUCUAAAGAAUUGGUCCAACCUUCAGGUCUGAAUAAGUCAGUGAACACUUCACAGAUAUUUAACGAAGGUUCAAGUUUUCAUGGCAGCCAUAUUACCCAUCAUUCACUCAGACCUGAAGAUUCUCACGCUACGAAUAUAAUGGCACAUUCUUUAAGCUCUUCUCUGCCUGAAGACAACACUAGUCAAAACACUCUGCCCAAUCAUUUCUUUAAACUCAAUAAGAUGACUCUUAAAGAUGAUUCAGAAGUAUCAGAGACACAAAUGACAGAAUGUUUUCUAGAAGAUCAGCACUUGAGCAACGAGGCAAUACAUUCAGGGGUUGAUGUUGAGCUCAGCACAGCAUCUGUGAGUGACCUUCGAAACAAAAAUUGUUUACAAGGGUCUCCAGGUUUGGACAAAACACCAAUAUCUAACAAAAGUCACAUGGAUUUACUACAAAAAGGGACGAUCUCGAAACCAGCCAGCAUCGCUCAACAGAUAAGUACCACCAUUUUGGGAAAAACAGAUCAGACAUCUGAGAAGUCCGAAGGGGACAGCCGCAGUGAGUCUGACGAAGAGAUCACAAUCACAGACAUUUUCUAUUUAUCUGGGCCACCAUUGGGCUUUGAACCCCAGCCUUCAGUAGAACAUUCACCGAUGAAAAACCUGACAAAUGAGAGUCUCAAAGCAAAUGAGAUGGCAUCAGAUUCAGGGGAAUCAGAGGAAGAGAUAAUUAUUACGGACAUUAUCAAUUUACCAAACCAGUCGCAAGUGGAAGAGAAUUCAGAAGUGAAAGAAUUGAAACUCUCAAAAAGAAUAUCUGAAAAUAAUUUCAAAGGAAAGACACACUCUCUCAGCCCUACAAGAGAAUUAGAUUUUAUUGAUGCACAAACAUCUUUGAGAAAAUAUUCUUCUAGUAAUUCUACUGGUGCAGAAACAAAUCUAAGACAAACACAGAGAAAGGAUUUUACUGAUAAUGAAAAAUAUUUAAAUCAAACUUUCCAAAAGGAUUUUACCAAUGCAGAAAAAUCUCUGAGUCUGAACUCACAGAAAGAUUUUACUGAUAAAGAAAUAACACAAUACCAAUCAUUACAGAAAAAUUCCAAUUUUGAAGAAAAAUCCAUGAAAGAAAUAUUGGUUGAAGAUUAUACAAGUGCUAAUGAACCACUUCACCAAACAUCACAAAAAUAUUUCAAUAAUGAUGAAAAACCUCUGCAUCAGACAUUACAGAAAGGUUUGACUGAGGAUGAAAAACAAUUAGACCAAACAUUACUAAAAGGUUUGACUGAGGAUGAAAAACAAUUAGACCAAACAUUACUAAAAGGUUUGACUGAGGAUGAAAAACAAUUAGACCAAACAUUACAGAAAGGUUUGACUGAGGAUGAAAAACAAUUAGACCAAACAUUACAGAAAGGUUUGACUGAGGAUGAAAAACAAUUAGACCAAACAAUACAGAAAGGUUUGACUGAGGAUGAAAAACAAUUAGACCAAACAAUACAGAAAGGUUUGACUGAGGAUGAAAAACAAUUAGACCAAACAAUACAGAAAGGUUUGUCUGAGGAUGAAAAACAAUUAGACCAAACAAUACAGAAAGGUUUGACUGAGGAUGAAAAACAAUUAAACCAAACAUUACAGAAAUAUACUCAGGAUGAAGAAAAAUCACUUCACUUGUCAACAUUGGAAGAUUCCAGUGAUGCAUAUCACUCUGUUACUCUAAUGUCACAAAAAGUUUACUCUGAUAUUGAUAGACCUAUAAACUUGACAUUUCACAUAGAGUCUGCAGAUAAAGACAAAUCUCUGCACCUAACUUCAGAGAAAUAUUCAAGUGUAUCAGACAAAUCUCUGCACCAAACAUCGGAGAAAUAUUUAAGUGAAUCAAACAAACCUCUGCAUGAAAAAUCACAGAAAUAUUCAAGUCAAUCAAACAAAUCUCUGCACCAAAUGUCAGAGAAAUAUUCAAGUGAAUCAGACAAAUCUCUGCACCAAAUAUCAGAGAAAUAUUCAAGUCAAUCAGACAAAUCUCAGCAUCAAAUAUCAGAGAAAUAUUUAAGUGAAUCAGACAAAUCUCUGCACCAAACAUCAGAGAAAUAUUUAAGUGAAUCAGAGAAAUCUCUGCACCCAACAUCGGAGAAAUAUUUAAGUGAAUCAGACAAUCUGCAUGAAACAUCAGAGAACUAUUUAUCUCUAAAUCAACCAUCAGAGAUAGACUUAAAUGCCAAAGAAAAAUCUGUAAAUCCAACUUCAGAAAAAGAUAAUACUGAUGUUGAGAAACCUCUGCACCAAACACAGAAAAUGUUGACUCCAGUUGAAGAAUCCUUUUCCAUGUCAACACUUAACACUGAAGCUGAUGUUCUCCAUAGAGAUAAGCUUAGUGUAAUGAGGAGAACUGAACCAGGGAGACGUAUUCUCUCCUUAGACACAAGACAAGAAGUAUUGUCUGGUCAGUCUGCUGAUGAAUUAUCAAAAACCAUUAACAAGACCUCAGUAGAAAACUCUGAAGUAUCAAAAAGUCCCCAUGGUAUUCAUAUGAAUAGUUCACAGUCUGAAUUUAUUGAAAGCAGUACAAUAGACACCACUGUUCAUUUAACAAAUCAAUCAAAUGACCAUAGUAGUCAUCAAACAAAUCAAUCAGAUGACCAUGGUAAUCCUCAAACAAUACUAAAUGAUAUUGAAAUGCAAAAUAAUUCUGAGCAUAGCAUUAUUAUUGGUAAUGAUAACUUGGACAUGUCUCAGGAUCAGUCAGAUCAUAAAAUAAGCAAAUCAAAAGAAAACUUCAGAAUUACAGACAGUCUUAGGGAGAAAACAAUGCAACCUUUAGAAACAUCACAACUUCUGAUAAUGGACACUGUGGAAACAUCAUUAAUUUCAGAAACAUCACAAAUUUUAGAAACCUCACAGAUUUCAGAAACAUCACAAAUUUCAGAAACAUCACAAGUUGACACAGAAACUUCACAAAUUUCAGAAACCUCACACCGUUUGAAAACAUCAGAAAUUUUAGAAACAUCACAAACUUUAGACACAUUAAAAACAGCUCAUUCAAAAACAUCCCAACCUAUACAAACAACAGAAGCUUUAGAAACAUUACAAACUUUCAACACAUCCCAACCUUUACAAACAACAGAAGCUUUAGAAACAUUACAAACUUUCAACACAUCCCAACCUAUACAAACAACAGAAGCUUUAGAAACAUUACAAACUUUCAACACAUCCCAACCUAUACAAACAACAGAAGCUUUAGAAACAUUACAAACUUUCAAAACAUCCCAACCUUUACAAACAACAGAAGCUUUAGAAACAUUACAAACUUUCAAAACAUCCCAACCUUUACAAACAACAGAAGCUUUAGAAACAUUACAAACUUUCAACACAUCCCAACCUUUACAAACAACAGAAGCUUUAGAAACAUUACAAACUUUCAACACAUCCCAACCUAUACAAACAACAGAAGCUUUAGAAACAUUACAAACUUUCAACACAUCCCAACCUAUACAAACAACAGAAGCUUUAGAAACAUUACAAACUUUCAAAACAUCCCAACCUUUACAAACAACAGAAGCUUUAGAAACAUUACAAACUUUCAAAACAUCCCAACCUUUACAAACAACAGAAGCUUUAGAAACAUUACAAACUUUCAACACAUCCCAACCUUUACAAACAACAGAAGCUUUAGAAACAUUACAAACUUUCAACACAUCCCAACCUAUACAAACAACAGAAGCUUUAGAAACAUUACAAACUUUCAACACAUCCCAACCUUUACAAACAACAGAAGCUUUAGAAACAUUACAAACUUUCAACACAUCCCAACCUAUACAAACAACAGAAGCUUUAGAAACAUUACAAACUUUCAACACAUCCCAACCUUUACAAACAACAGAAGCUUUAGAAACAUUACAAACUUUCAACACAUCCCAACCUAUACAAACAAUAGAAGCUUUAGAAACAUUACACACUUUCAAAACAUCCCAACCUUUACAAACAUCAGAGGCUUUAGAAACAUCACAAACUUUCAACACAUCCCAACCUAUACAAACAUCAGAGGCUUUAGAAACAUCACAAGCCCUAGAGGAAAUCAGCUCAGAAGAAGAGUUGAUCAUCACCGAUGAGUAUUUAAAGAUUGAUUUGAAUGACUCUACAUUGCAUGAGCAGAUUCUUAGAAACGGAACAAAUCCAACACAGACAACAGUAUUUUCUAAAGAAUCAAGCUAUCAUAAUAACAUUUUCCCAUCAAACACUUCAGUGCUGAAAAGUGCAACAGUGGAAAUAAAUACAAUAUCAGAAUUGACUAAACAAAGUGAUUCAGAGGAGGAUAAAACAAUAACAGAAGUUUUCACUAAGACUAAACUAAUUGAUAAACCCAUUUCACCAGAAAGUUUGCCUUCAAUCUCAGACAUGGAUAAAAACACCUCUUCAGUCUUAGUGUCAGGCUUGUUAAUCAAUACCAUAGCUGGCAGAGAUGUUACAGAUCUGGCUACAUCUUCCUUGCAUUAUGGUGCAGAUGAAGGUCCUAAUGACUCAAUCUCUGAAGGCGAAAGUGCUGAUGAGACAACAGGAAGCAAUUCUGAGAUGGAGCUUAUCAUAACUGACUAUUUCAAACUAACUGGGCCAGCCACUCCUACAUCUUCUGAACUUGCCUCUGAUAAAGAUGAUACCUUCAAGGCAACUGAAUUUGGUUCUUUGAAUAGUGACAGUAGAAAGUUACUUGGCAAUUUACAGAACCAGGCUAACACAACUGAAGUCAAUACAUUCACUUCCGGAAACCAUAACAACCAGAUUUCGAUUCUUGACAAUCAACUACGUCUAACGCAGCAAUCGAAUAGUCGAGGUCAUUCAUCUGGUGAUAUUCACUUAAGUGUCUUAGCUGAUCAUCAAGAUGAACAUGCAACAGUGACACACUCAGCAUGGACUCUUAGUGACAGUAAUAAAGUUUUAGAUGAAGGUUUCUCAGAAACUCCAUUUGCUGUGAAACCAGGUAAUACAGAAACACUUCAAACCAAAUCUACUUCUCAAGAUUCAGACAAAGCCAAUCAAGAGUCAGAUAUUGCCAGACAAAAUGCUGAUGUCUGUCAGUCUAAAAAGAUGGCAGAGAAAACACCUAGAAGUUCAGCUGAAUCACAUUAUUCAUUGAGUUUUGAGGACUCAAGUAGUGACAUUAAAACAAUUAGAGAAGCUGAACUUUCAGAGGAAAAUGCUACUUUAACUUAUUUCACUUGGAAGACCAGUGACAGCAAUACACUUUGUGAAGAAAGCCCAGAAAAUCAAGCAGAUUUCCCUCCUGAAGAACCAAUUGUUACUGAUGUGAUACAACUAUCUGCACCUACAGAUCAUAAAGAAUUGACAAAGACACAUGAACCUAUCAACUUUAAUACUCAAGGUCAUAACAUUGACAGUAUGAACGAAUUUGACAAAGUCAGAAAAGGUGGAGAGACACAAGUGAGGGCUUCUGAAGUUCAUGCCAGCCACAAUGUAGAUGCUGAUGUGCCACAAGCUCAGCAUCCAGUAAGUUCUAAUGUUUCAAGGGAAGAUACUUUCAACAUUAGCCGCGCUGAGCUUUUAGAAGAGAAUGCUGCAGUGACUCCGUCAACUAGGAGUAGUAAAUAUCCAGAAAGUCAUACUGAUUCAACAGGCAAAAUCAUUGCUACUAAGCAAUCAACUGCUGAUUCAAAGGAUGGGAUUGGAUUUGAUAAAACAAACAAUGAUCAACAUAAAGUCUCUUUAAAGGGUUCUGAUGAAGAAAUUACUGUCACUGAUAUCUUGCAGUAUGGCUUCCAGACAAGUCAAACUGAAGAAAUAGGAGCUGAAAAUGUGAAGGUUCCAUCAGCAAAGUUCACCUUACAUACAAGAAAUGCAGACCAAUUGACUGGUACUGAUUUGAAUACAGAACUUACUCAGAAUACUAUUACAAGGGAUGUUCCAAAAGCUAGUUAUGAGGAAGAUGAAGCAAAAUAUAAAGACCUUGAUCUUCAGCAAUCUGAAUUACACGACACUGUCACUAAACAUCUUUCAUCAAAAACAUCUAAUAAAUUAAAACUUGAGGACUCAAGACAUCCAGACAUAGGUGCUAAACUUUUGGGACAACAAGCAAAUAAAAGAGAUCAAUCAGAACAAGAAAUUAGCCUCGAAGAAGCUUUAGCUACUGGAGCUUAUCAACAAGAAAACUUAGCUACUGUAGCUUAUCAACAAGAAAACUUAGCUACUGGAGAUUAUCAACAAGAAAACUUAGCUACUGUAGCUUAUCAACAAGAAAAAUUAGCUACUGUAGCUUAUCAACAAGAAAAAUUAGCUACUGUAGCUUAUCAACAAGAAAAAUUAGCUACUGGAGCUUAUCAACAAGAAAACUUAGCUACUGUAGCUUAUCAACAAGAAAAAUUAGCUACUAGAAUGUAUCAACAAGAAAAAUUAGCUACUGGAGCUUAUCAACAAGAAAACUUAGCUACUGGAGCUUAUCAACAAGAAAACUUAGCUACUGGAGCUUAUCAACAAGAAAAACUAGCUACUGUAGCUUAUCAACAAGAAAACUUAGCUACUGGAGCUUAUCAACAAGAAAAAUUAGCUACUGGAGCUUAUCAACAAGAAAACUUAGCUACUAUAGCUUAUCAACAAGAAAAAUUAGCUACUGGAAUGUAUCAACAAGAAAACUUAGCUACUGGAGCUUAUCAACAAGAAAACUUAGCUACUGGAGCUUAUCAACAAGAAAACUUAGCUACUGGAGCUUAUCAACAAGAAAAAUUAGCUACUGGAGCUUAUCAACAAGAAAACUUAGCUACUGGAGCUUAUCAACAAGAAAAAUUAGCUACUGUAGCUUAUCAACAAGAAAACUUAGCUACUGGAGCUUAUCAACAAGAAAACUUAGCUACUGGAGCUUAUCAACAAGAAAAAUUAGCUACUGGAGCUUAUCAACAAGAAAACUUAGCUACUGGAGCUUAUCAACAAGAAAAAUUAGCUACUGGAGCUUAUCAACAAGAAAACUUAGCUACUAGAAUGUAUCAACAAGAAAACUUAGCUACUGGAGAUUAUCAAGAAGAAAACUUAGCUACUGGAGAUUAUCAAGAAGAAAACUUAGCUACUGGAGAUUAUCAAGAAGAAAACUUAGCUACUGGAGAUUAUCAAGAAGAAAACUUAGCUACUGGAGCUUAUCAACAAGAAAAAUUAGCUACUGGAAUGUAUCAACAAGAAAACUUAGCUACUGGAGAUUAUCAAGAAGAAAACUUAGCUACUGGAGAUUAUCAAGAAGAAAACUUAGCUACUGGAGAUUAUCAAGAAGAAAACUUAGCUACUGGAGAUUAUCAAGAAGAAAACUUAGCUACUAGAGCUUAUCAACAAGAAAACUUAGGUACUGGAGCUUAUCAACAAGAAAACUUAGCUACUGGAAUGUAUCAACAAGAAAACUUAGCUACUGGAGCUUAUCAACAAGAAAAAUUAGCUACAGGAGCUUAUCAACAAGAAAACUUAGCUUCUGGAGCUUAUCAACAAGAAAACUUAGCUACUAGAAUGUAUCAACAAGAAAACUUAGGUACUGGAGCUUAUCAACAAGAAAACUUAGCUACUGGAGCUUAUCAACAAGAAAAAUUAGCUACAGGAGCUUAUCAACAAGAAAACUUAGCUUCUGGAGCUUAUCAACAAGAAAACUUAGCUACUAGAAUGUAUCAACAAGAAAACUUAGGUACUGGAGCUUAUCAACAAGAAAACUUAGCUACUGGAGCUUAUCAACAAGAAAACUUAGCUACUGGAGCUUAUCAACAAGAAAACUUAGCUACUGGAGCUUAUCAACAAGAAAACUUAGCUACUGGAGCUUAUCAACAAGAAAACUUAGCUACUGGAGCUUAUCAACAAGAAAAAUUAGCUACUGGAGCUUAUAAACAAGAAAACUUAGCUACUGGAGCUUAUCAACAAGAAAAAUUAGCUACUGGAGCUUAUAAACAAGAAAACUUAGCUACUGGAAUGUAUCAACAAGAAAAAUUAGCUACUGGAGCUUAUCAACAAGAAAACUUAGCUACUGGAGCUUAUCAACAAGAAAACUUAGCUACUGGAGCUUAUAAACAAGAAAAAUUAGCUACUGGAGCUUAUAAACAAGAAAAAUUAGCUACUGUAGCUUAUCAACAAGAAAACUUAGCUACUGGAGCUUAUCAACAAGAAAACAUAGCUACUGGAAUGUAUCAAAAAGAAAACUUAGCUACUGGAGAUUAUCAGCAAGAAAACUUAGCUACUGGAGAUUAUCAGCAAGAACACAUAGCUAAAGGAGCUUAUCAAGAAAACUUAGCUAAUAGAGAUUAUCAGCAAGAACACAUAGCUACAGGAGCUUAUCAAGAAAACUUAGCAAUUAGAGAUUAUCAGCAAAAAAAUGUAGAUACUGGAACUUAUCAAGAGAACUUAGCUACGGAAGCUAAUCAGCAAGGAACUACAAGCACUAAUACACUUGAUAUUCACCUCAUCACUCAGCUUGAACAAUCAGAUGAAGUCUCUAGACAAGCUAAACUUGACCCAAGUGGUAAGAAACAAACUGACCAAUCAACUGUUGAUAACAUAUUAGAUGAUAAUAGAAACCUAGCCAGUGAAAACCUUUUUGCUAAACUGGUAGAGAUUCAAAGCCCAGAAACUAGACCAGGAAUAGAUAUUCAACAGUCAGUACCUGAAAACAUAGACUUUGUUGGUCCGAAACCUACAGGCCCUAUAGUUAACAGAAUAGAAAGUGAUAACCUAAGAUCACAUCAGUCUGAACAUGAUAAGCUGCCAAUGCAUAAAAAUUUAGGCUCAAAACAAAUGGAAACUAAGAGCCUAGGAACCAAACAACCUGGACUUAGAGGCCUAAAUAAUGAGCUCGAGGAACUUGAAAGUCUGGAUAAAAAUCAAGCCCAUGAGAACCUAGUUUCUGAGCAUCCAAAAAAUCAAACUGUAAAAGCUAAUCUAGAAGACCAAAGGUACUCAGAAAACAGCCCACAAACAAGCAUCAGUUUCGACAAUAUAGAUCUAGAAGAAUUCUCUAGAAGAGACCUUAAACCUAUGUCAGACAGCUCAGUUUUUACAGACAUUUCAAGGGUUAGUACACUUUUGGACACACCAGAAACAUCAGAUACAAACACAGAUGAAUCCAAGAAAGAAGAAAACGUUUGGAAUGAAGAUACUUUAAUGUACAAUUGGGAUGGCUCACAUACAUACAGUGACAAACAGUUGAAUAGUAGCUCUGAAGUUUUACCAGAAACCCAAGAUCAGUCAUUGGAAGCCUUGCCUAGACUUGCUCUUGCCCAAGCAAGAUAUGGUCUGAUGCCAACUGGAGCUGCUACUCUCAAGUUCACUACUGCAACAUCAACACCAGACAAUGAAAGUGAUUUGGUUAAGGACAUGGAAUCAAAAGAUUCAACAAGUGUAAUCCCUUCAUUACAAAACAAACCUGAGACCUCCCGAGUAGAGAACCUGACCUUUACUCCACAUGAAUCGAACAUGACUGAGACAGAACCUAUAGAGAAGGAUGAAAGUGUCCUACUCUCUAGUACUAAUGUAGGCUCAAUAAGCAUGACUGAGACAGAACCUAUAGAGAAGGAUGAAAGUGUCCUACUCUCUAGUACUAAUGUAGGCUCAAUAAGCAUGACUGAGAUAGAACCUAUAGAGAAGGAUGAAAGUGUCCUACUCUCUAGUACUAAUGUUGGCUCAAUAAGAAAGGAAAGCACAAAGGAAAGCAGAAUGAGAUUGGCCUACAGCUCUAGUCCAAUAGAUAUUCCUAUCCCAGUAAGUGAUGCUAAUACUUUUAGAUUGGCUGAGAAUCUGGUACAGACAGUUCUUGCCAGAGCAAGGGACAUUGUCUUUCAGACAUCUUUAGAAGAAAACAAUGCUCACUUGACCAUCAAUCAUACUGUAGAUGCUGAUGGAGAAGAUGCGCCUAAUAUUGACUCUGGACACUUACUGACCCAUGACAUACCUCAUCCAUUGUUAACACCCCAACACCAUCUAGGUAGUGACAGUAACAUGAUUGCUACAAACUAUGAUUCACCAACAUGUCAUAUACAUGAUGGGAAGCCAUUUAGUGUAACUAGUGUUGGUAGCAAUGCCAGAGUCCAGGAUAGAAUAUCAGACUAUGGUACAUACUUAGAAAACUUACAACCAACAGUACAUCUUGUGCAAUCAAGCCAGUCAGAAAAUGCUAUAGAUUUAGAAAACAAUUCAACACUUCUAGAAACCUUACGGCCAACAGAAGAACAUCUUCAUUCAAAUCUGUCGGAUUAUAAUAUAGAUCAAUCUCUACAAAACAACACAACACUCUUAGAGAACAUGCAACCAACAGAAGAACUUCUUCAGUCAAGCCUAUUAAACAAUACUAUAGAGCUAUAUAACAAAGGUAUAUUACAAGAGAACAUGUCACUGGAAUGUUUUGAGAACCCAGACAUAUUAAGCUUGUCAGAUGCAGAAAGAAUCAUCCAGAGUCCUGUAGAGACAGAUUCUGACAUCCACCCCUACGUAGAACCUGACAGUUACAGCCAAACUUUAGUGGAUUAUGUCAGCGUUAGACAAUAUCAAGGCAAUGUAGAGUGUCUAGAUGAUAAUCAGAAGCAAGAGAACUUAAGAGAAAAACAAAGUGUAGACGUAGUUGCAAGGAGUGUUAAGAAAGACAAACAAGACAGUGUCAACUUUGAUUCACAGAUAGGAUUUGACCAUUUAGAAUUGUUUCAACUAGACCACAAUACAAGCAAUGGCAAUGAAGAACAAUUCCAAGGCCUACAAACUCUUGCUGAUGAUGUUAAAACAUUACAAGCUUCUGAUAGUACAGUACAACAGAUACUGGAUAAUACUAAUACAGUGAUACAGAGUAGAGAUAAUCAGAAAGAAAGAUUUGAUAAAGACAGACAACAAUCUGAUGUUCUUAUAGAUGAUGGCGAGAGACCAGAAAAAUAUCAAGAUCAUGAUCAACCAAAUGAAGUUACUGAUCAACAAACAGAAAGUGAAGACUAUAAGAGACUUGGGCAAGUUCUUGUUACACAGAAACAUACAGCUGAAGAACGUUUACAGAAUCAAGAGCAAGAGUAUGGUUCUUAUAAACAAUUAAAGGAUCAAAAAGAAGAUUAUGCUCAACAAAACCCAGAUCUUGAAACACAUAAACAAAAUGAACUUGAUCUGCUAAUUAAAGAAAGAAAUGAGGAUAUGUACAACCAAGAGGGUCUUGAUCCCACCCAUAAAGAAAAUCUUUAUUUGCAUACACAGGAAGACAUUGGUGCGCAGAUUAAAGGUGGCAGUGAGAACAAAGAACUGGAAGAUGAGCCUCAAGCUAAACACAGAGACAUUGUUAACAAUGAAACCAAGGAAGCUGUUGAUCAACUAAAAAUGUCUAAUGGAAAAGAUGAGCAACACAGUUAUGUCUGGCAAUACCCAGACUAUGACCUUUCAACCCCAGGCUGUGACCUUUCAACACCAGCCUAUGACCUCUCAACCCCAGACUAUGUUAGACAAGCCCAGGAAUCACAGCGUGAAUAUGUUAAAACAUGCCAUGAAGAUAUGGAGCCAUGUCCCGAGAAAAAGGAAAAUACUCUGAGCAGUCAGCUAGUUUCUGGUGGCAUUGAUCAUAUCCAGAUGGGAAAUUAUGGCCAAGAUGGUGAAACAGCAGUCCAAGGAGGUCAGGGCACUGCAGGUUACAAUGAGGAAAGACAGUUCUUUUCAAAGGACUAUCUUAUUAAACAAGAGUCACUCCAUCCGUUACGCACUAAGCAAAGACAAGCAGAACAGAAAGAAAUCAAACUAGACCAUGAUGUUCACAGGACUGGCCAACACAAUUUUGAAACUGAUUCAAUACAAGACUUGGGCUACACUCUACCCAUAGAUGAUGCCAGCAUUGCUCAAACAACUGUUGAUUAUGGUUUUAAAAUGUCUACAGCACAGGCUAAAGAUACUACUGCCCAAGGGACAGCUAAGCAUGUCUCUAUACACAGUCAUGAACAGUGGAAUGAUGGCUCGAAUGAUCAAAAUAGCCUUGUUUUUGAGACUGAUCAAUCAAAAAUAGAUACAUUUGACAGUCCAGAUUCCCCUAGUGGACAAAAUAAACAAGUUUCUGAGUUGACACCUGAAAUGACUUUGUACGAGGAUAACAAAGAAAACUACACAGUUAACAGCACAGACCAAGAAAAUAGAAAUUCUGAAAAGUGGAAUGGAAACAGUUUACAAGAUUUCACCAGUAACCAAAUGUACAAUGCUCGGAUAUUGGAUUCUUGCUAUUCUUUACAUGAUUCUAUUUAUAAUUUCAACUCACCUUCAACUGAACACAUUACUGGUAUAGAAAUAAACACUCCCCAGAAUAUGUCUAGUAAUAGUAAUACAGUCUUUAACAUACAGAUGGCAGGUGUACAUAAUAAAUGGAAUAGAGACAAUGUCCAAAGAAUUGAUCCUGUAGAUGUGACCCAAGUGUCAAGCCUAACACAUCAUCCACAACCAGCUUCAUCCUCAACUGACCAGACUGCCCUGUCAUCGGACAGCCACACUAUUGUUCACAGGAGUGUAGUGGUCAAAUCAUCCCAUUCCAACCAAAUGUCAGGAUCUCCUCAUGUCUGGAGGAUAAAAAGGGCACGACAUGACUCAAUCCCUUCACCUGUACCUCAAAGUGAAGACACUGAUCCCACUGAGUCUUUGAAAGCAGCUGCUGUAAAUGCCACACUGGAAGCUCAGCAGCUGGCAGAAGUGAGUUCAGAGAGGUCAGACAAUUUGAGGCUCUUAAGUCUAGCAACGGACUUUGGAUCCACACUGCAUUCAGAAGAUGCUAAUGGAGAAAUCCAAACUUCAGUAGAUCCAUGGUACAGUGGUUCCCAUUGUGUCAACCCUUGGGAAAGUAAAAGUGUAUACAUGUUUGGGAAUGGCGCACCAUCAAGCAAAAAGAAAUUCAAAAUGAAGCCCAGAAUAAAACAAGAGUAUGAAAUGGAGGAGGAUGAACACAAGUUUCAAUUAAUCUUUGAGAGAAAGAAGAUUGUCAAGAAUAAUGAUGCUAAUACCUCAACAGGCAGGAAACAUGAUUCUAGCAAUCAAGAUAUGGUUACUGAUCAUCAGCUUGAAGAUCUUCAUGCAGAUGUUAAUUCUGGAUCUUUAAAAUCAGAUGAUUCAUUUGAAGAUAGUCUAGUGUUUCCACUCAUGGGACUAACAUCUACAAUAAGCUGGGAUGAGGCUGAGACAGAACUUCCAAAGAUUAUACUGACCACAGAGAUGGAUGACCAGCAUGUGCUUCAUGGAGAUGCUAAUGAUGCUGAUAGACUUUCACGAGAAGUGGCCAUGUCUGUACUGGAUGAUGAUGACCUGGGGCAUAGAGUAGCUGGCAAUGAUUUGUUGCAAGAACAUCAGGAAACAUCUAGAGAUAAUGGCUUCAGCUCUUUCAUAGAUACAAGUAAAGAGUUAAGCAACAUGAAAAGUACAAAAGACGCAGCAGUGCAGGAAACAUCUAGAGACAAUGGCUUCAGCUCUAUUAUUGAUACAAGUAAAGAGUUAAGCAACAUGAAAAGUACAAAAGAUGCAGCAAUGCAGAACAACUCUAAAGACAAUGGCUUCAGCUCUCUCAUAGACACAGGUAAAGAAGAGUUUAGCAACACGAAAAGUACAAAAGAUGCAGCAAUGCAGAACAACUCUAAAGACAAUGGCUUCAGCUCUCUCAUAGACACAGGUAAAGAAGAGUUUAGCAACACGAAAAGUACAAAAGAUGCAGCAAUGCAGAACAACUCUAAAGACAAUGGCUUCAGCUCUCUCAUAGACACAGGUAAAGAAGAGUUUAGCAACACGAAAAGUACAAAAGAUGCAGCAAUGCAGAACAACUCUAAAGACAAUGGCUUCAGCUCUCUCAUAGACACAGGUAAAGAGUUAAGCAACAUGAAAAGUACAAAAGACGCAGCAGUGCAGAAAACAUCUAGAGACAAUGGCUUCAGCUCUAUUAUAGAUACAAGUAAAGAAGAGUUAAACAACAUGAAAAGUACAAAAGAUGCAGCAGUGCAGACAGUUGACUUUGACAAGAAGUCAACACAUGCUGACUCUGAUGAAGACACAAUAAAGAUAUCAAUGAAAGCAAAGACUCAAUUUGCUGAUGCUGAGUCUCAAGCAGAGAUAAUUGACAAUGAAGAUAAGAAACUUCGUGAGAAGCAUCUGGAAAUUUUAGCACUAGCCCAUGAGAUAAUGGCCCGAAGUAAAAGCAGGGCUGAAAGUAAUGACAGCCUUGACCCUGGAUUAAUUGAAGAGUGGAACAGAGAUGGUGGGUCGAUGCCAAUACCAAAUUUUGUGCAUCCAAGCAGUCCUGAAAAAAGCAUGACACCCGCAGCCUCAGAAGAAGUCAGAUCCUCCAACAUUUCAGAAAGCCACAUCAAAUCAAUCUCUAGUUAUGACGAGCUCUACAAGGAGCUUCGGCAAUAUGAAAAUGGUGGAGAACUGAGCUACAGAAGGGAAGAAACAGUCAUACAUUUCCCUGCUGUUCUCUUCAAGAGUAACAGAUCAGCUUUACUGAUAUCCUAUGGACCUGUGGUUCAAAAACCACAAAGUGACAUUCUACCUCCUAACAAUGAUUCCACUUUGCGAAUCACUCCUGGAGCAAGGGCAUCGACUUGGGGAGAACUGGACUUCAAGAGAGAUGAAAAGAUACAAGAGUAUGGGUCAUUUAUCCAACCCUUGAGAACCUUGGAGUCUGGAGCAUCAAUAAGUAUUGCUAGUAAUGGUUCUUACAAUUCAUCUAAUUGUGGAGCACAACAGAAUCCACCCAGUUCUCCCUACAUGGAAAAUGUGCCUUUACCAGAAAUAUCUUCCACUUCCAGAUUUGAAGUUAAGGGCACAUCAGAAAAUGAAAGCAUUGAGAACAGAGGCCAGUCACAUCCAAAGGUCAUAACUGAUGGUACUCAAAAUGGUUCUGGAAGUAAUGGCCUGAUUGGACAUGGCAGCUAUGUGUCACUGACCAAUACAGAAAGCUUUGAUGACACAUCCCCCUAUGAUAGAGAGCGGUCUCCCUUAUCCAGGCACUACUACUCUGACCCACGUUUCUUAAGCAUCUCAAAUGACCAGAUCCUGAAUGAAAUAGAAAAACUGAAAUCCGAGCACAGUAAAAUGAUGAACCUUCUGGAAAGGUCGCGGCAGAAGAAGUACACAAAGCAGAAAGUGUUAGCCGAAUCAUUGAAGGGUUCACCAAGCCUUUUCCUUGAAUCAGAUUCAUCUGGAGGGGAUUCCCCUGUUACUGUGAUUCCAAGAAAUGGUUCCCUUCCAGGAAGUACAGGUGUAAGCCCUUACACAGACACAAUUACGUCACAGUCUCCUCCGCAAAUUUUGGACAGAGGAAUGGGCAGUACAGUGGAUGAUUUCAAUAGAGUUCGACCCAUAGGUGUAAAAGAUGGUUACGCCAAUACAGAAACUGGACACAGUUUCAUUAAACAGAGUGUCAUAAAAAGUUCUCAAAGAACUAGCACUGUAAGCACAAAUACUGACUCAGAAACAAAAGAAUUAUAUUCCAAGUCUGUGGACUCUUCAAGUCAAACAUUCAAUGUUAAAGUUGUAGACAAGUGCACUGGAGAAAAGCAAACAAAAAUGAGCUCUGGCUACCAGUCUGAAGAUGUUGUAGCAGGGGAUUCUAACACAUCAUUUAUACAAGGACCAAGGGGGUUCAUGCCAACUACGAAAAAGUCUCAACCACACAGUGAAGAAAGCAAUCCAAAUACUACAGACUUGCACAUACAAGAUAUUGGGAAAUACAAGGGGCAACAAUCCGACCAAAUACUGGAUACAUCAAGGGACAUAACUAUAAAUGAUGAUAGCUCCAGCACAAAUUCCAGAGCAUCAACACUUUCUCCACUGACACUGCAGACUAUCUGGGAUGAUGACAGUGACUCUGCGUUCUCUGUGUCCUCACUGAAUACAGGCCGCCCAAUGGUCAGCACUGGUGUUGAGGUCAGUGUGGACAAUUUAGAUGACUACACACAGACAGACUUUGUUAGGCUUGUCAACGGUAGCACUGACUCUAUAGCGGACAGCGUCCACCAGAUGAACUCGUCCCAGUCUUCAGACAAAGACAGCAUGUCCACAUUACACCGGCAGCUUGACCAGCUCCACAAAGAGAGAAUAGAGAUCAUUGAACUUAUGUCUUUGAAUUAUCUCCCCACAAGUUUGACCAUAGAGCUGUUGGAAGCCAAGCUCAACUACUGCAUUGGCCAAACAGAUUACCUCUUGUCCAACCUGGAGGAUGCCUGGAGUAGAGAGGAGAUGAAACCCAAACAAUCCAAGACACUAAUCAAAGUGACCAAAGAGUAUCUUGAAGAGUACAAGACUCAGCUGAACAGAAGUAAGAAAGACAUUGAGUCUUGUCUUGAGACACACGAUCGAAAGAAAGGUGGGGUGCGGGGUAGGAGGAAAACCAAAGGCACAGAUUUGGGGUCCAUGAGGAGGCGAGCAGAGAUUGAAGCUUUCAAGUUGGAGAGGCUGAGAGAACAGUACCGUCAUGAGAGAGAGAAAGUGAAAAACCCCUUAAAGCAUCACCUCUCAGGUUCUGUUGAAAGUCUCUCACCGAAUAGCUCUCUAGAUGGUCACAGCAACAAGUCAAUGACACCGACACAGAGACGGGAAUAUCUGGUCAGCCUCAGGCGUGAGAUUGUCAACCAUUCAACCAGAGGUCACUCUCUGUCACCUCAUUCUUCGCAAUCCAGCGCCAGCGGUAGGACGUUAAGGUCGACCUCUUGUUCCCCAACCAGAACUGACAGCCUUGUCUACCAUGUUCCAGAUUUAAGGCUGAGAAGAUCCUUCCCUUCCAGUGAUGGUAGAUAUCACCAAAGUACCAUGGGGGAAGAGACUACUUUAGGUGAAUCAUUGAAGAACCUUAGCACAGACUUGAGAACCAACGUCAUGGCUUCCUACUCCAGUCAACACUUACAUCCUGACAGGCUGAUAGAAGAAUCAAAUGAGAUACGCAGACAGAAUCAAAUUCAGAUAGAGAAAGCCCAGGAAGUGUUAAGAGAACUGGAUGAGAGACGACAGAGAACUCACAGGUUUCAGACUGAAGCAAAACAUCAACGUCUCUAUUUACCUCCCCAAGCACAUAGUACACCAGAGCAUAAACUGUCAGCUGUUAAAAAAAGUCAUCUAUCAAACAGUUCAAAGUUCAUGGAGUAUGCUCGUGAUUAUUUGGUCCGAGGCCAGCACAGACAUCAUACUUCACCAACACAGAAUUUGUCUGGCUUGAACCAAUCACCCAGUAGAUAUACCCAUAUGACCUCACAUCAUGGCUUGAGUCAAUCGCCAAGUAGAAUUUCCCAUAUGACCUCUCAAUAUGGCUUGAGCCUAUCGCCUAGUAGAUAUACCCACAUGACCUCACAUCAUGGCUUGAGCCAAUCACCAAGUAGAAUUUCCCAUAUGACCUCACAUCAUGAAUGCCCUCAUGGACAUUCUUCUAUCAGCUCAGGUUCAUGGUCACUCAACUCAUCAGUGAAUCAACAGCCAUCGAUGAACUCUUCCUUCUACUGCCCACAUGACAGCUCUUCCUCUUCUUAUGGGCAGUACUCCUCUUCACUCUCUCCCUCUCGUCCUCAAGCCAGGCUGUCGAAAUCCUUUGCUGCCUGUCCACAUUCAUCAUCCCCAUUGUCAGCAACGUCAACACUUUACAGGUCAUGGUCUGCCAACUCUGCGACCUCGACCUCUUGCCCACAUGAACCUUCUCUUCACUUCCAGCCAGUGAUAGCCAACUACUCGUCUGCCGCAGAAACAAAUAAAAAGAUGUCUCCAUACUCAUCACCAUCAAACACUCAAGGGAGUUCAUUACCAAUGACAAAAACAGACCCGACCAAAAGUCAGACAGUAGCCAAGACAAGUGAAGCAGCAGUCAGUGGAGGUGUCACAGUCCCACAAAGUGCAGAUAGUUUAACUGGUCAUGAGCCUCUAGCCACAAACAAUGCAGAGACUUCACAGUCUGACUUCAAAGCAUAAAAUAUUUUACAAACACAUUUUCUUCAGUGUCACUGAAAUAGAGUUAAAACAAGAAUUUUUAUUUAAUCAGUUAUUAGAUAAAUACCAAACAAUAAUUAAUAGUUAAGACCAUCAAAUUUAUAAAAAUAAAGAAAAAAGAUUCACAAAAUUAAAUAAUAGCAAUGAAAUAAAAAAUCUAAAAAAGCCUGGAUACAAUAGAAAUUAAAUCUUACAAUGUUUCAGUGCUUUUACCAUGUCUUGCUAUCAUUUUGAUUGUUAUAUUUAUUCUUCUUAUUUGAUGGUUUUAAAGUUACCAAUUUGAGACCAACAUUCCUUGAUCAGCAACCAGUGGAGAAACAUCAUGGUCUACAUUGUUGAACUCACACAUACAAAUAUUGAACUGUUUUCCUGUUUGUUGAUUUGUAAGCUUAUACAUCUUUUGAUAUGUAUGUUGAUUUGUGCUGUUGUUGAUACCAUUCUAUGACAUCUGUGAUAUUUAUUUCAUGCAUACAUGCAAAUGUACAUACCUAUACCUAGAGUCUGUGAGAAUGUAUGCAUGAAGAGUUCAUUCAUUCAUAGAGAUACAAUCACUACACUAGUUAGAACUUCAGUUACAAUGAGAAGGUUAGAUAACAAUUUCCUGUCAUGUUUUUACUUAAAGUCAAAUGAAGAAAUACAAAAUAUUACAACACUUGUACAUCAACAUUGCAAGCAAUGUAAAUACUUUCAUAUUUAAGUUUUAAAACUUCUAAUGCAUGAUAUAAAGAAUGGACAAGAGAUGUUCAGGUAGUCAGUAGCACUCUACUGGAGUGGUUUUAGAUUGACUUUCAUGUGUUGUAUAUUGUUUCUUAGUGUAAAUGUUAUGCCUUCUUAGAUGUAUACUUCCUGAAUGGGGCUAAAAGGUCAAAUUUUUUUUUUUUGUUUCUUUUCUUAUGCAAUUUGUCCAAUUUUUACUUUUACCAUAUUUUUAUUUCUAUUUUCUGCUCUUCUUGAAUGCUGAUGUAAAGGGAAAUAAUUUGAAGGGAGAUAAGUUUGUUUAUACAUUGACCAAAGGUAUUUUUCUACUUGACUGUGAUGUGCAGCAUAAAAAAAAAACUUUUUAGUUUUGUUGAGUCCGUCCUUAUAGUCACUCUUUUUAAUGACAUUGUAUUACAUAGGAUGCUUGAAAGUAUUAGUAUACAAAAUGUAUCUAUGUAGAUAGAACAUUGACAGCAAUACUAUCUACUGUUUUAAAAUCCUCUCCCCCCCCCCCCCCCAAUUUAUUUUUACUAUUCAUGGAUUGUUCUUGUCAUUAAGCCAAUUUGUUCUGUCAUUUAAUUCGACUAAUUACAGACUGUUAGUAAUGCUCAGGUGGAAAGGGGGAGGCACUAGUACAUUGUUUUAAAAAAGUCUGUGUCAGUGGUCUCCCCCCACAUUGAGUUUGCAUUAUGAAAGUUGAACUUGUGUGUUGUUAGAACUCAGGGUUAUGAUGCAUGGAUAAAUGUUUGUAAACACUCAUCAUAUAUGUUGAUUCUUCACAAAAUCUUUCCUGUCUCAAAUGUCCCAAUCAUCACAAUCAAAAUUAUAUAAUCUGUAAAAAAAAUAUAUUUUGUAGUUCUAUAUCAGCAAUGUAUGUACAUUUUAAGAUACAGACAUCAAGAUAUCUGAGAUAUUCUUCAUGUAGUAUCUCUAUUGAAGGAACUUCUUUCAUGUAUUAGAGAACAAAUAAUUCAAUGAGUUUGUUGAUACUUCUUCUAACAUCAAACCUAGAGAGUCAGUUCCUGGAAGAGGCAGACUUUGAACUAGACUGAUCAAUAGGAGACUUAUGUAGUCAUAGGAAUUUUUUAUGCUCCAGUGUUUUUUAAGGAAAUCAAUAUUGUAAGGCUGUGUCCAGAUAUAGCAGUCUCAACUCUUCCUUGAAUUAAGAAAAAACAACUUGCCACUUAAUUUUAUUGUGUAAAUUAUUAUUUGACAUGGAUAUUAUCUUAUUUAUUUGAAAUCUUAUUUAUUGGUUAUCAUCAUAUUUUUAUAUUGAUCAGAGCUGCAUUUCUUUGUAUCAGUCAAAGUUUGACCAAAAAUAAAAUAGCAUGAAAGAAAAAAAAAAAAGGUUUCCUUCAUGUUUUAGUUAUAAAAAAAAGUUUUGUCAAUAAAUUUUGUAAGAUAUUAUUUGUUUAUUUUGUACAACUAUAUCUGACUGAAGUUGUUUCAAUUUCACUUAGUUGCUAAUUUGACUCUUUCUUUGCAAAAAGAAAUGCUUUGCUGUAAAUAGGCAUUUUUUUUUUGAGUUGGCAGCUCUUUAUUACCAACUAGCAUUAGAACGGCUAAUUUAGCAACGUAAAACGAAAUUAAUGUAUUUAGUAUAAUUUAUUCUUAUUUAUAUUUUUUUUUGUGUGUAUUCAUGACUUGAAUGGAUUGUAUGAGCUAUACAUAAUGGUUUCGAUUUGUACGUUUGGUGUGAGUUAGUACAGCGAGAAUGAACAAUUUGUCUUCUCUUCUUAUGCCAUUGCAAGUGUAUAUAGUUAAUAUAUAUUAAUUACAAUUAACUUUGAAAUGUGUAUAGAUUUUAUAUAAUAGUUUUCAUGAUUUAUAAAUAAAAUAUAUGAUAUAUAACUGUAAUAAAUAUAUUUAU